UGGGAGUAACAAGAUGGCGGCAUGUUUUUGUUGCUUACGAUGUUGCUGGAACGGGUCGGCAUUUUCAUCCGGCCACGUUCAACUGAAAGAUCUUCCAGCCGUAAAGUUAGACACCUUACACAUGGGUCAUGAUGUUGUUAUUGUGAAGAGUGGAAAGCGCAUUUGUGGCACAGGAGCCGCUCUGGCUAAUGCUCCCAUUGUACAGAAUAAGGCCUAUUUUGAAAUCAAGUUACAGUGUUCAGGCACAUGGGGAGUGGGUGUGGCAACAAGGAAGUGCGAUUUAAACUCUGUUCUAGGAAACACAACAGAAUCCUGGGUGCUGAGACAAGAUGGCAAGUUAUACCAUAAUGAUGAAGUGAUCGGUAAACUCACAGAAGAUCUGCAAGAAGGGGACAUAAUUGGUAUGACAUAUGAUCAUAUAGAACUGACCAUAUAUCUCAAUGGGAAGGUCACUGAAGCCACAUUCAAAGGAAUCCGUGGUACCAUCUACCCUGUGAUGUACGUGGAUGAGGGAGCUGUGAUAGAUGUUCAGUUUAAUAAAUUCUAUCACCAGCCCCCAGAUGGCUUUGAGGAAAUCAUGAUUGAAAAGUCACUUUUAUGAGGUGAAGGAAUCUCAUUGGCUGAUGAAGCAGGCAGACAGACUGCAGUACACUCUGAAGUCUCGAGCCAUCCUGUAGCCUGACGCCACUGCUCUCUGGCUGUUCUCUGGGGACUGUUCUCUGACUUCUCUCUGGGGACUGUUCUCUGGAUAUAUUUCGGGCAUCUUUUGUACAUUUACAUGAAGUCCAUAGAUCUGGCGGAAAAAAAAAAAGGAACAGGGGAAGUAACUCCGCGAGCCGGCCGCUCCACAUAAUGCUUAAUCUCAGUGUAUUAAAGGAAGAUACUUGUGCCAUCAGCUAUAUAUGCAUAAGCAUUGUACAUAUGUGUGUAUAAAGUAAAUAUGAAGUGUAUAUUACAUGUGUGAUUUAUACUUAUCCGGCUUUAAGCUGGAUUUCUUUUUUGUGCAUACAACAAACAUGUACAAUAGUCUUUUAACUUUUUGCGUUAUCUCAGUUGCUCUUUACCUACAUCAUUUACAUGUAGUCUUUAUGUUGUAUUUCUCCUGAAUUCAAAACUUUCGUCCACAACAUUGCAUUUGUAGAGUAAAAAUAGAUGUCAAUAAAAUUUUACUGUCAGUGCUUAAACUUAUAUUUAUCCAGUAGGAUAUCUUUCAAUCUUAAAAGCAAACCUCAGAUUUCCUCUCUAAGAUCAAUAUAACUCACAGAAUCAGGACAGAUGUACAUCUUAUCCAUGGACGAAAUUAAUACUGCAGCAGGUAUGGAGAGCUAAUUUGCCAAUCCUGAUAUUUCCGUGGUCUAAGCUUCUUGGGUAAAUCAGCACAUAAUAUCAGCCCAGGUAAUUUUGAAUCCUAUAUGUCUGCAACAACACAACAUUGCAUAGUAAAUACAUAUAACCCUUACCAGAGAAAUGCAUGUAUCUUUGGCAUCUAUUUGAUGUAUGAAAUAAACAUUUGUUAUGCAUAGAUCAAAUUCUGUGUAUAAUGUUUCCAUAGCCAUUGUACGAUAUACAAUUAUGUUUAAUAUGUUCGUAUGUGUUCAGUUAUUUCCUCUUCAUAAAGGAUAAAGUAGAUGUUGUACUUUAUUUAUUCAGAAUUAUUAUGAUUAUUAUUCCAUAAAAGAUUUUCACAAAAGUGGAAGGAGUGAUAUUAAUUUGGAUCUAUUCAUCUGUCUGAUUGUCUGGCUUUCCUUACUCUACAGAGCCAUGCACCUGACCCAGUUUGAUAAAAUGUUGCGUGCAUGUUCAUUUCUUAAAUUUGAGAUUAGUUCCAUUGAAUAACUGCUCUAAAUAUUGUCUGAUGUUUUCAAAAGUUUUUGUUUAGGGUCAUUGUGUGUAACCUGAAAUAAAGUUUGAAAACCGCCUUGUACAGCAUAAUUUAUAGUCAUUUCCUUCGUGCUGGCAAUUAGAUUGUUAAAAACACAUUGUCACACAAAGAUGUGAAAUGUUUGACCCUGCACUGGCCUUAUAGGAGGGCAUUUUCAAUAUGCUCUGAUAGACCUCUUUCAUGAAUACUUUACUCAGGGUCAGUACAUGGGCCCUAUAUAUAAUGAACAAGCAGUUAUAGUGGUGCCAGAGCUACAAAUUGGGAGCUGAAUUACCCAAACUGUAUGUCCAUGUCGAAUAUCUUUUGCAUGACCCUUCACAUUUUUAACUUAUUUCCAUUUGUAUAUGUUGUAUACCAUUAACUGUAUUUGACGUUAGGCAUAUACUGGUACUAGUCUUGAUGUAGAGGUAUUUUUUUUUUUUUUUACCUUUUUGCUACAUGUAUGAUAGAAUGACAUUCAGAUGCAAUUAUGUGUAUUAGAUUGAAACAAUUUUAAUUUGGAAGCUGAUUUUUGAUCAGAAAUUUGAGCAAACAAAUUACAGUGUUCUUUUGUCUAAUGUUAUUCUCUCUGAUGUCCAUAGUAGAUGUGAUGUGUAUAAUGACGUAAUGAGACUUUUAUUUUAUGGGUGUCUAAUGUGAAAUAAUGUGGAAUUACCCCCUGCCCCCCACCCUCCCCUCAAAACACCCCACCGAUCACUCAACAAGCUUUUGUGUAAGGAAGAAGUUGUAGUAGUUUGCAUUUGCAUCACUUUUAUUCAGGGGAAAAAAAGUUAGAUUCAUUUCAAAUCUGUUCUCUGUUUUGAUAGCCUUGUUUUGCAACAGGAGAUCCUGUAUUAGAGUAGACAUGUUCUCGUUGAAAGCUGACCGUCAUUUACAAACUCUGCAGUGAGGCCUGGGCAGGAAGAUAGAGUGAUUGAUGACUCAAUUGUAGGGGUUAUAGUGAUACCAUAUUCCACAUGAUACACAUUUGUGUUAAAACCCAGAAGCACUUUUGUGUGGAACUAUAAAAACUCAGUGUUGUUUAUGCUGGUGACAUCAUUAAUAUUUUUAAAAAGUCUCACAGCUGGGAUUAAGAUACCCAUCUAUCUUGUAUAUUGUACAGAACAGUCAUGGUUGUGUGUUUAAAUGCUAAGCACCUGUUGACAGUGCAAUUCAUGCAAUGUAACAGGCAUAUGCUCCUGAAAAUUGGCACCACGACAUGCAGACGAAGGGGAAUCUAAACCUUAUCUAUCUACAGAACAUGGAGAAAUAGCUAAAUGGUUUUGUUUGCUUUAUUACAUUGCAUGUGUCAUUGUCAGGCCAAGGAUGUUAUUAUCUUGUUUGGUUUGUUACAUUGCAUGUGUCAUUGUCAGGCCAAGGAUGUUAUUAUCUUGUUUGGUUUAUUACAGGACAUGUGUCAUUGUCAGGCCAAGGAUGUUAUUAUCUGUCAAUGGCUUUGAAUUUAUCCUAAUAAAGAAACCUGG